UCAGGUGAUACCGGCUCCAAGAUGGCGGCGUUGGCUGAAUCUUUGUCGCUGGAGAGAGAUGUUACCAGAGCGAUCGAGCUGCUGGAGAAGUUACAGCGAAGCGGCAAUGUUCCCCCGCAGAAACUGCAGACGCUGCAGCGAGUUCUUCAGAGCAAGUUCUGCUCUGCCAUCCGAGAGGUGUACGAACAGCUUUACGAGACACUCGACAUCAGUGGCAGUCCUGAGAUCCGAGCUCACGCAACAGCCAAGGCAACAGUUGCGGCCUUCGCAGCCAGUGAGGGACACGCACACCCCAGAGUUGUGGAACUUCCUAAAACAGAAGAGGGCCUUGGUUUCAACAUAAUGGGUGGAAAGGAACAGAACUCCCCAAUCUAUAUAUCCCGAAUUAUACCUGGAGGGGUAGCAGACAGACACGGAGGUCUUAAACGGGGCGACCAGUUACUCUCAGUAAAUGGCGUGAGCGUGGAGGGAGAGCAGCAUGAGAAGGCCGUGGAGUUGUUGAAAGCUGCACAAGGCACUGUGAAGUUGGUGGUGCGAUACACACCUAAAGUCCUGGAAGAGAUGGAGGCACGCUUUGAGAAAAUGAGGACGGCUCGCCGCAGGCAGCAACACAACAGCUACUCGUCACUGGAAUUCAGAGGAUAGCCGGUUUGAUCUCCUGUUUCCAGAGGUGGGCCUGGUACCAAGCAUGUGAUGCAGCUGUUGUGCAUGUAGCUAAGUGACCCUCCCUCCCUGUUACUGUAGGUCUGACCGUGACAAUCCCUGCGAGCUUAGUUGAUGUGAAACAGGACGUAGCCUUUUCACAAAUAAAUGUUCAGUGCAUGUUAGGGAGUUGGGUGGGUCGAAAAGAAUGGUUUAUGUUCCAGAAUACGUAUCUUGACACAUCCUUGGUGUUUACGUCUUCACACACCAAAGUAAAAUACUGCAGAUGCUGGAAAUCUAAAGCAGAAACAGGAAAUACUCAGCUAUUGAGGCAGCAGCUGUGGCGACAAACCAAGUUAUGUUUUAUGUCAGUGAUUUAUUAACUGUUUCUGACGACUCAAAGCGUUAACUCUGUUUCUCUCUGCACUACCAGACCUACUGAGUAUUUCCAGCAUUUCUCUUUUUUUUAUUAUAGAUUAGUACAUCGUGAGUUUGGAAGCAAGUAGCAAAAGCGACAGAAAUUUUUCAGUGAAGUUAAUACCUCUCUAAAUGUUAAGGAUUAAAGGUAGCAAAAGUCCGUAAUUGUGGUAAGUCACUUACUCAAAUAGUCAAAUGUGAAUAGAUGUUGUUAAAUGACUGACAAAAGUAAAAAUUGCUGGAAAAGCUCAGCAGGUUUGGCAGCAUCUGUGAAGGAGAAAGCAGAGUUAACGUUUCAGGUGGAGUGACCCUUCCUCCGAUGCUGCCAGACCUGCUGAGCUUUUCCAGCAAUUUCUAUUUUUGUCACUGUUAAAUGACUGGUUUGUUAUCAGUUAUAUUUCCCUGCGCUGAAUGGGUUUUUCACACUGAAAUCUAAAGCACUAAGCACUAUUUUAGCUCUACUGUUUGAAAUAUCUAUUUGACAUUCUGAACUCCACAAGUCAAGCCUUCAAGUGAAGUAAGUUGUACAUUUUGGAUCGGGAUUAAAAGUUCACCUUUGUUCAUCUAUUAUUUAAAUUUGCAAUUUUAGCACAGGAGAAUGAGGUUAUCUGUGUUUGUUCAAUUUAAAAGUUCCAUCUUAAGCUACAUUAGAUUGGAGAAGGAAGGUUCAUCAGCCAGGGUCAGACUGAUGGAGGCCAGUGUAAUGUGACUGGGCCCCAGUUACCUGACAUUUGUUAACUUCUGAUGAACUGACAAUGGGAAUAUUUGAAUAGUUUGGAAUUCUGAAGGGAAUUUCAGCAAUGUGUGGCGCAAUGUUUAAAUGUUAAUUUAUAAAUAACACUUACCCGUGAUCAUGAAAUGUGCCGGGCAUUAUUGUGAAACAUUUCAAUCCCAGUAGUUUACAGAGUAUGAUCUCUUCCCCACUCUUUGCUCCCCCAGGCAGAAAUGUCUGGUUCGCAAUUGUGUUGCUGCAGCAUCUUUUAUUUGUGCCUGAUUGAGUACACAUCUUGAUCCAGUUUACUUGAAAUAUAAUUGACCUGAUCUUAUCUUAGCUUCACAUAUUCUAGGAACUCAUAAAAGGGAGUGCUUUGUAACUUAGCUCAGACCUAUUGGAUUUCAACCCAGAUGCUGAACCGUUCUCCAUGUAAGAUAGACAUGUACAGUGGCCUGCCUUGGUUUAUGUCAGCCUUAUGACUGACAUUCCUUCACCAAGCUGCAAUGGUACUGGGCAUUGUCACUCCAUGCAACCUCCACUUUGGUUUUAACAUGUAUUAAAGUUCGGCUGUGUGGCUGAGCAGUCUAAGGUGCUGGACUGGAGCUCCGAUCAAAUUGUGGGUUUGAAUUCCAUUGCUGCAACAUUUUAGGGGCUCUUGUGUCUGUGCCAGAGGCCUGGGUUCAAGACUCACCUGUCCCAGAGGUGUGUUAUAAUAUGUGUGAAUACAUUGAUGACAAAAAGACCUACUGUCAGCCAUGCUGGUCAAAGGAUAAAGUAUUUACGAUCCCUUGUGAUUUAGUGGUUAGAAUUCAACACUUUUAACAGUGUAGCCAGGCUACAAUUCUCUGUCAAGGAAUGAGGGCUUAUGGAUUGUACUGAUUUAUAGUGACCUUAUUACCCAGUGGUAGUGUCCCUGACUCUGAGCUGUUCCACCUGAAAGGGUUGAUUAAACCUUAUUCAGAAAUUCAGGGAUUUUAAUUGUCACCUGUUACCCAUCCUUGCUUGUCGUUUGGAGCCUGGUGGCUAAUCAUGUCCAGUUACGAGUUCCAAUGCCCAGUGCACUUCCUUGCUGACUGGUUACUGUCACCAGCCUGUCCCAAUCACUGAUGGUUAUUGCAGUGACCAGUGAAACCCACUUUAGUGAACAAGCAGUUGACUAGUUAAAAAUGCAAUAAGUACCAUUUUAGAGAGAGGUACAGCAGGAAGUAAGCGGCACACCUUGCUGCCACAAUUGUAGAGCUUAUUAGAGUAAUUGUUUUCAAGAAAAUAAAAUCACAGCCGAAACCUUGGAGAAGUUAUAAAUGGAAUUUGGAAUUUUCCUUUGGAAUUACAUUGCAUUGAUCUGCAUUUUGAAGUUUGUUUGACUGAUGGCCUUCAAAAUGCCUGCUGCUUAUUUUGUUUUAAAACUGGAACGUUGGAAGUAUCCAACUCCUUACAGAAUAUGGACAGACAAACUCUAAUAUGCAGUGAAUGGCACAACUGAACACCUCAAUCUAUAUGCAGAAUAUACAACACAGAAACAGGCCAUUCAGCCCCUCAGACCUAUGCUGACCUUCAUGCUUCAGAGGAGCCUCCACUGUCAUCUCAGCAUGUCCUGCUUUCUCCUUUGUGUGUUUAUCUAGAUUCCUCAGCAUAUAAACCAUUCCUUGUGACGAGAUCCAUAUCCCCACCCAACGCUGAAUAAAGAGUCAUCUCCUGAAUCCCUGAUUGGAUUAAUUAGCAACAAUCCUGGUUCAGUUCUAACACGUGGAAACACCUCUAAGAUAUCAAUUCCCUGCAUAAUCUUUACUGGGACUCUCCUCCGCUUUUAUUUUUUUUGAAAGAGAAGAGCUCCCUCCCACGUCUGAUAAUUUUGAUCUCUGAGUUUUCACAUAUUGAUUCCCAACCUUUCAAAUUCUGCUGCCUUUGGUUACGCACAAGAAUUUGCCUUGUCUGAACGAGUUGGUUAUAGCCGGGGUGGGGGUGUUACUUUUAGUUCAGUUUUACCAGACCUCCUGCUGCUGCCACUCCCUGGGCAAUGGUGCUCCGUUUAAAAAAAACAUUCUAAGUGCUGAAAGAUUUUAGAAGUGUAACCAGGCAAGCCUCUGCAAACCCACAAUUCCCAAAUGAUAGUACUUUGCGGAUUAUUAGACUGCUAACACUUUGGUGGAGGGACCUGGCUCUCUGGGGCAACCUGCCUUCUGUUGCAUGUUGCUAUGCUAAAGUAAGCUUUAAUGUUACUGGAAUAAAACUGAUCAGAUGUUAGGAAUGCGUAUAACAGUAUUUUGGCCUGAAAUGAAAAUAAUUUAAAUCCUACCUUCCCUUUGACUUGUUGGCCAUUUCUCCACUACACUGUCUUUGGCCUUUUUAAAGUCUUAACUGUGGUUUUAUUCAUUAACUGCUCCAACUUGAUUUAUUCUUAUUUUGUUUAACAAAGUUUACGAUACUUUUAUUCCUUUGUCACCUUGCUUCCAUCUAAUUUUUUUUUUGGAGAUGGUGAUGAAAGGACAGGCUCAUUAGCUUGCCCUGUCACUGGUCAGUUUUUGACCAUGAAAGUUGUAUCUUAAUGGGCAGUGUAGCUGCAGGUGGAGUAACCCAUGAGAGACUGCCAUAGUGCAACAGCAGUGUGAGAGAGGUUUCAGCAAAACUGUUGUAGCCUUCUGGAUGUAUUGUUUACGGACGAACAUACCUCAUUCAUUUCUUUCUGUGCAGCGUUUUAUUUUUGAAACAUGAAAUUUGUUUAAGGAUGAACAGAUGUUCCCAUUGUUGUCGUUCAAGUUCCAUGUCAUGAUGAUCUGCCCACCGCCCCAUGCGUUCCUGUUCAGUUGCUCAUUGGAGCCUCUUGUUUCCAACUUCAACGAGCAUAUGACUUGGGAAAGGAAUAGACACGGUGGUUCCCCUUAUCUUCCUUGUGUAUACUCAGAGGAAGCAAAUGUCCUCUUCCUGAGGACUUUUGUCCCCCAAGGUUCUAGAUCUCCCGCCAUCACCACCAAAAACUCUGUUUCCUCCAUUGGCCACGGCUUGUAAUCCUGGGAUGGCACCUUUGCCCGGAACAGUAAGCAGAUAUGAAAGGAUGUUCAAAACCAUUUCUGCUGUUUUACAGUUAUCAUUCAAUCCAUUCUGCUACCUGACCCCUUCCCAUCAAGUCCAAAUAUCCUAGUGUUUAAAAUGAGUACUCAUUAUAUAACCAUUUUACACUUUACAGCCACUGAAAGUGGUGCAGUGCAAUCCUACUGUAAUCUUCAUGUUUCUCCUGAAUACAUUUUGCCAUUACGCAGCUUUAGAUAGCAAGUGUUUACACACUAUUCUUCCAUUCAAAGUAUGAUGACCCAACAUCUUCUGUAUCCUCACCUUCGGUCUGGCCAUCCACCCUGCGGAUGUCACUGGAUACCAAUUAGUUCUCUGUCUCCCUCUGUCUCUUUUCCCCCCUCACCACCUCCCCCUGAACCCAGGGAUAAUGCCAUCUGUAGUGAUGCCACCCCCACUGUUGUGGUCAGCUCACUCAGCACCAGCCAUGAAGGAAACCCGGUGCCUCCAGCUCUGUGUGUUUUGUAGUGACACUGAGUUGUGCCUUCGUCUGCUUGAAGGACCUUAGCGAUGCUGCUUUCUAAUCAUUCACUACCUUCAUCUUUAAAAUGUUAAUAUAUAUUUAAAAGUAAGUGUGUUGUAUAAUUAAAUCAAUAAAGAAAUAUUUACAAUGCAGACCUCAUGCUUGAUUAUAUUGGAAACUGAUCAUUCGUUAUCUGUAUGUAAAAAGACAGAAGGGCAACUAAAUGUUGUCUCAUUGUUUACCUGACUGACCAGUACGGAUUUGGUGUUUCUCUUCAAUUUCUGCUGCUAACCAGAAUCUUCAGUGGCUGGCCCUAGUAUAAACCAGGAGAGGAGCAGCUGUGGCACUGGUGGAUUUGUGUGUGUGUGCGUGCACACGCACUAAGAGAUACCUCAUCUCUGUCAUAAAAUGGCCUUGCUGUGCAUCACAUGUUGUUCAUUUUUCCACCCAGAGGAUGGUGCAGGGUCUAGAUUGCACCUGCCUGGGAGGGUGAUAGAGGCAGGUAACCUCGAACCUCUUUAAAAAAGGUACUUGGGUGAGCACUUGAGAUGUCACAACAUUCAAGGCCAGAGGUCAAGUGCUGGAAAGCGAGGCAUAUGUAGAUUUAGCGUAGUUUUGGCAGUACAGGUCUUCUUCAGUGCUGAAUGAUUCUAUGGUCAAGAGAUGGGAAGUGUGAUUAUCCUAUCAUUGGAGCCUGGGAUAGUUGAAAGGAGGUAACACUGACUGGGGCCUCGAACCAUGGAUGAGGUUAUGCCUUUAUAUACCACAUUAUUCCCCAUUCCACAGUAGGUGAGAUUGAUGGCCAGCCCGUUCGGGGAUUAAAUGUCAAAUUUUUACAAGCGGGGUGAAAUGCUCAGCAACUCUGGACCAUUGAGAUUUGCAAUUGGUCUUUGUAGCUGAGUAGUACUCUGCAAAUUGUGCACUUGCCUUGCCAGUGACCUUCACACCUAUGUGUAUGUGUUUAUUUUGUGUGUGUGUGUGUGUGUGUGUGCGCGCGCACUGAGAGAUACCUCAUCCCUGUCAUAAAAUGGCCUUGCUGUGGAUCACAUGUUGUUCAGUUGAGGCCAUUGCUAGAUGCUGGAUCACACCUUCCUGACUGAACAGUGUGAAGUAUUGUAUAUCUUGAACAUAUCUUUGUGUUAACUGGAAAUAGAUCUGGGGAUGUCUGUAAAUCCUGUAUGUAAUGUAAAUGUACUAGCAUAAUAUGCACUGAUGUAUAUUGUAAGCAGCUCAAGUUUUAAGUGUUUGCAUAAUUCUUUCAUAUAGGUACUGCCUAAUUUA